UUUAACCGCCAUCUUGAAAGCCUUGGUGCAUGACAAAAUAAUGUAUAAAAAAUUUCAGACGACGUUACUAUACUAUUCACUGAUGUGUUUAGCCUGUGUAGCAGGCACUUGGAAGUAGUGGGCACAAGAAAAAACGCGCGCGAGAGAAGGAGACACGCGUGUCUCCCUAGCGCGCGCCCGUUCUCUCUUUCGCCCACUACAUCCAAGCACCUGCUACGCUGGCUAACUGAUGUGAUACAACUCACUUUAACUCUGAAGAAGACUACCCCACAGGUUAUCAGAGCUGAAAUAGAUGAAUAGGAAAAUCGUUACAACUUUGUUUAACUUUUUCUAGUUUUAAUGCACCAUAUAUAGGGCUGUUUAUAACUUUGUAUCAUUUAAACUAUUUUGUUUUUGUAGAGUCUUGAAAAAUGGGGUAUGCAUUACCUGCGUAAGGCCCUUGCCAUUUUGGAAAAGUUCGAAAAGUGAGUGACUGUUUAAAUAGCCUAAAUAUUCUUUACCACACAAAGGUGUCUGCAUUCCAUCAAAGAAUUUCCUGUCGUUCUUCCAUCCUCCCCCUAACUAUGCUAAAUCUUGUGUGUUAUAUUUUCUUUAACAUUUCUGUGUAUAGCUGUAGUUUGCCGCCCGCUCUGUUUGCACGCUUGUGUUUUGGCAUUUCUGACACGUUUGAAACUCUUCCACAACCUCUUCCAGCACCAACACCAUCUCCUGCAGCACCUGUGUAUAAUGUACAGAUAUAAUAGUAUUAUGUGAGAAAGAAAAUUCGAACCAGUUACCUUCGUGAAUGGAGAGUAUGGUGAUCCUAAGUCAUACUCUAGGUUGUGUGAGCUACGCAUCCCAACUGUCUAGCAUCACCGUUGCUCAUUCUAGAGCACAAAGGAUACAUAUUCGAUGUAAGCCUAACAGCUGGCUUGUUUCUUUUUUUGGGAGGCAUAUUGCCGCGUCUAAACUUGGUAUAACAAUGACACUAAGAGACCCUCUUAGAGAGGGGCAGAUGAUUCUGGUCAGAAUUUCAAAAUCCAUCAUUUCUUGUAUUGAGAAGGAAGCCAUGUCCCUGCCGGUAUUUUACUAUUAUAUUUGUUCUCAACUUCGUCACUGUUAAAGUCUCAACCCAUCUGUUGUCGUUUGUCGUCAUUUCAUCUGUUUUUGUCGCUGUUUCGAGGCCAAAUUACUUGUCAGAAUUUUACCCAAGCAGGACCUCUGUCACGCAUCACGUGCCCCAGCAUAAUUUGUCAAGCGUUGUAGCUCAUAUGCAGCAGACAGCCUGACUCUCUAGCUGAAUAUUUGAAACGUCAUGCACGAAUAAAAGACGUCACAUGACCCAUUGCUUUUCACUGUUCUCAAAAUGGCGAGCUUGCAUGCAGGCUAACUGCAGAUCUUCAUUUGGUUGCUGGUUUGGGAGUCCAGCUUCUUUGUCUCGUCAGUACUCUUUAAUCUGAUGAAUGCUAAAAAGAAGACAAUAAUUUAAAGCGCGGUAUUUUCAACUCUGACCUUCAAGUUAUUGUCUUCUUCUUCUUCCUUCUUUAAUUGUUAUAAACUGGACCUUUUUCUCUGUUUUUAAUUUCAUUUAUAUAUUUGUUAACAUAAAAUUCUGCCUUUUUUAGGGAUGAGAGUAUGCCGUAUUGUGAUAAGCCCCUCUUUCCUGACGUGUUUGACACAUUACAGGUCAGUGAAAUACAAAACCGGAGCGUUUUUUUUUUUAAUUGGUCUGAGUUAUUAUUUUUGAUUCAACGUUCUUCGUCAUUGUGAAAUUCCGGGGCUUGAAUUUCCAUUCGUCAUUCAGACAAAUAGCUCAUUAAUGUUGCUUGCCCAGAGCAUAAAUCGCUGCCUGUCUGGUGGGAACAAUUUCCUUGUCUGACCUACACAGAUAUUGUUGUCUCUAGUAGUUUUCUGUUCACUUCCCCUGGUUGUUCCCAUUUCUACCUUAGUGCUAGCACUCGGAGUUUCUUGGGAACUUCCUGUACUGUACUGUAAAAAGCCUCACAUUCAACAGGCCUGUCUGUUAUUGGCUUUUUUAUUGCUAGGAGCAUGAUGUGAGAGCAGAGCUCCAAUCAGUGCGCCUGGCCAUCGGUGGAGCGUUGAUGAAAGAAGGCAAGCUGUUCGACGCCAUGGAAAUGUUUGAGCAGGUCAAAACUCCCCCAGGAAUGUACAAUCUCGCACAGGUAAUCUUCAAACAGUACUAACUGCUGUGUUCCUCGUAAGAGCUUACGGUAAUAUCAACACAGCUGUACCUUGGGGAUAAUUUUGUAAAUUGCGAAUUCUUACGUCAGUUAAAAAUCCGUAACCCAGAGUAAAAGGAGUAAAGUACAGAAGGCGAAGGCGCAUAAAAAAUUUCGGCCAAAAGUUCUUUCAGAGUGAUUAAACAUCCUCUUUUUUAAUCUUACUGUUUGUAGUCCUCCCUCAUCAUACACACCUCUGUCUUUGCAUGUCCAACAGAGAUGGACUUGGCGGGAGGUUUGUGGUGUCGUUAUGAGACAUUUGAAUAUAUCGCAUGAAUUAUAAACUAUUCCCAACAAAGUUCAUUUUGCACGUGAUAAAACCCUUGCCCUCAAAAAUGAAAUUCAGAAUACGAAAGUUCUUCUUGAAUGGUCACACCAUAAAGUUUUUGUCCACUGACUUCAAAGUUAGGUGUCUUAAAAUUGUGUUGUACAUCAAUUGUUGUUUAGGUUUACAAGUAUCUUGCCCAUGUUGAAGCAUGUGCGGCCACCGAAGAGACAGAUACUGAAAGCGUCUGCCCAACCAAAGAAUAUUACCAGAAUCUCCAUGAAGCUCGAGAUCUGCUCCAGUCUUACUUGAAAAUGACAAAAUCUUCUGAUGUAUGUCCAGUACAAUUUUUUGCUUUUGUCGUUACUGAAAACUAGGAGUCUGCUAGAAAAUUAUGAGUGUAAGAGCUUGAAGUGUUCAGUGAAAUCUAUAUGGCCGAGUAAAUUGCCAAGAUCUAAGAGUGAGCAAAGGACCUACACUUAAGGUUUGUCUAAAAAAAACCACUCAGUUUUAAUACAGCUCGAAUUAGAAAUACUGCCGUUUCCUUUGAAAUCUCUUGGUAGUUGUUGAGUUGAACUGUUCAGACCUUUUGUUGUUCAAUAAGUUUACAUUUGUUUCCUUUUAAUGCCUCUUCUAUUUCAUCCAAGGUUGGACGAAAAGCUGUUCUAGAUGAACUCAGUGAGAUUGAGAGGCUCAUAAAAAGCGGUUUCCCACGACUUAACGCAGGUAUAUAAAGCUGGGCCGGGUUGUUCAAAGCUGGGCUAAGAUAACCCAGUGUUAGUUGGAAAUUUGAAUUCAAAUAUGAAAGCUUAAAAAGCAAAUUCAGUUUAAUUCUUUUUGUCUACAAUUUGAUGAAUGGCUAGAGAAAAUUGGCCAAGAAAAUACUUUUGAUGAAAAGAAAAAAGUGAAGAGAGACCCGGGUUAAAAUUUAACCCUCGGUUAGCGCUAAUGGGCCUUCGAACAACUGGGCCCUGGUCGCAACAGGCCUCUUAAUGUGUAACAAUCUCUGACUUGAAUCUUUGCAGAAGGCAGGUAAUUUUCCCCGGUAAUUGUUAGUCCUCUGCUGGGUAAAUAACCUCUAAAAAGCGUGGUCUUACUAUGUAUAAGAGUGUAGAGAAAGUCGCUGACACUUGUCUUUUGAACGUCUUAUCCCAGGAAAGCGUUUUGAAAAAUUGCGUUAGAGACAGAUUAACAAUGGCGCCAUCAUUGCAUUGUGGAGGCGUGUGUGGCCGAGCGGUUAACAACUCGAACUCUAGAUCCGGAGGUCCGGGGUUCAAGCUUUACCCGUCGCGUUGUUUCCUUAGACAAGGAACUUUCCUUCACUUUGUCUCUCUUGACUCAGGUGUAUAAAUGGGUACCGCGACAUACUUUUGGGGGGUAACCCUGCGAUUGACUAGCAUCUCGUCCAGGGGGGAAGUAACAGUACUCCUAGGCAUGCCUCAUGCUAAGUAAACCAGGAUAAGCUCCGGCAGUUUGGGCCUUUGGCUCGUGUGCGCCUUUACCUUUUUUACCAUCAUUGCAACUUUUCGCUUGUCUGUACUCUUAUAGACAAUAGCUUUCGUCCACUGAGUGCGUCGAAAAAAUUCUAGUUAUUGUGAAAUGAUGUGGAAUAUACUGACUACAGAAUUAUAUUCCGCAGAGUUGUAAACCAUUUCAGAUUCACUAAAACCUUAGGACAAAUGUUUAUGCUUUUUAGGCCAGCAUCGAGAUACUCGCCAACGUACCUAUCUGGAAAGUCGGAGCUCCACCAAUGCCUCUGAUGCCCAGGAAUCUGAUGAUAACUUUUGGGUUGAGUAUUAUUUUGGGUUGAGUAUUAUAAUUCAUUGAGUUGUUAGGUUGGAGUACAGAGGCACGAUUUGCAAUGAUGUUGUGGUUGUAGUGUGCAUCCAUAUACAUGUAUAUAUCGAUUUCCAUGGUGAAAAUGAUAAGGAUGAUGAUGACAAUGGUGUCUUUAGUGCAAAGGGCUUGGUGCGCCAAUGCCCAUGUUCUCUCUUUCUCUAUUUGAUGAAGGGUCACCUCGCUAGUCAACUGCCUCUGAGCUCCGUUCUCGCAGCGUCGUUGUGGAGAUUUUCGACUCUAUUUAUGUAUUAUUUUGUUUUUGAUUGCCAUUCCGCGUGCAGAAGUAUAUUAAAUACCAAUGUUGUCACAGCCUUAGCCAAGAUUCCCUACUCUCGUUGAAUUUAAUGCAUUUUUUUUCCUGUUAGCCACCACCAGAUCCAAAUACAAAAGAUUUUAUUGCAACACUCAGUGAAGUUGCCUUGAAUAAAGGUUAUUUCCAGGAGCAGAUGGCCAUCAGGGAUGAAGCGAUGUCUAUUAGAGAUGAAACUAUAUCCAGUAUGCAAGAAGAAAUCAGCAUGUUAAAGGUUGAUUAAUCUCACUAUGUGCUAGUUUGUCUUGCCCAAAAUUCACUCGAAGAAACGUUUUACGUAAUUGAUUUGUAUUAGUGCUGUACCUUUAUUACGCUUGUGAUACAUAAAGACAUUAAGUCCGUAAAUUGACAUAAACUUAUUCCUUUCUGAUUUUAGGUUUUGCAACUCACGCAACGCUUAUUUCUCUGACAAAGUUUGAUCGGACCUGAUAUAAACAUGCCUAGAACGUGAAAAAAAGUUUCUCGUUGCUUUCAUUCACAUAAUUCAGAUUAGCUUUCUGCAUUUGGCAAAUUGCGUAUACUCCAAUGUAAGUCAAAAGAAUUAAGCAAAAUUACUGCUUUCUUAUUUACAGAGAAUUAAAGUGUUGCCAGCAAGUCAUUUUUACUAGCUACUUUCUUUGACGUUAUUCAGUCGGACCUUAUGUAAACGUUGGUUACCUUACAUACAAGUUAGCCUUCUUCUUUUCUUAAUUUACAGAAUCAGGUAAGCUUGUUGCAGUCAUCGCACUACGGCUACUCCAGUAUCGUGGAACCUUCAUAUUCGAGCCCAGGGGAUCAAAGUAAACCCAUAUAUGAAUCCACUCCCGUUGCUACAAGACAGACGCCUCUUUCAAUAAGUACAAAGCCUCUCACUCACCCCAGCAUCAAGGGACCUCUAAAAAUCGAUUCCAAUUUCUUCGCUGGCUUAGGCAGCAGCAACACCCCUGAGAAUCGAAUGAAAGAGCCUCCACAGGAAGUUCCUUCUCCCACGUCUCCUGGAAGAAUGAGGCAUGAUUCCUCAGCUUCCUAUACUGAAGAUAUACAUUUUGAACCCCUCAUACCCCUUCCUGAACAAAUUGAGGUCCAAACUGGAGAAGAAGAUGAAACUACGAUGUUCAGCAGCAGAGCCAAGUUGUAUCGAUACGACAAGGAUGUUUCAGCCUGGAAAGAACGUGGCAUUGGAACUAUGAAGAUCCUGCAUAAUUCUGAGAAGGGACGCAGUCGAAUCUUGAUGAGACGUGAAGGUGUUCACAAGGUGUGUGCCAAUCACGUUAUUACAGCCGAUAUGAAGUUAGAAGAAAAGAAAGCCACAGCCAACUGUUGGAUAUGGAGCACUUUGGCAGAUUUCUCAGAAGAGGUUGCAAGGGCAGAGCAGUUAGCUGUCAAAUUCAAGACACCAGAUGAAUUCUUGCUUUUUAAGGAAAAGUUCGAGGAGUGUCAGGAGAUGCCAAAGAAAGAUGUCAAGAGCCAAGCAAUAACAGCCGUUUCAUACAAUCCAAGUGCUGAACUUGUGACUAAGUUUGCUCCAAAGCCGGGUUCAUGGUCUUGCUCUGUUUGCUGGGUGACAAACGACGUGAGCACAACUGUCUGUGUGGCGUGUGGAGCUCAAAAGCUGUCAGAAGGAUCUGGAACGUCUACUCAUCAGUCACCACUGAAGACUGGAUUUCACUUACCAAAAGAGUUCACUGCUAGCAGUUCACCACAGACAAGCAUGUUGUCAAGCUGCCAUGAAAAUUCUUCUUCAGGAAGCCCUUUUGUAUUUAAACAAAAGGAUGCAGGAUCCCCGAGUAGCUCUCCAUUUACCUUUGCCUUCUCUACAGCAUCCUCCAGUACAUCUACAGCAGCAUCAAAGUCAUUUUCAUUUGGAGCCCCACUCUCUGCAGAUAGUAAAAAAACAGCAGCACAAGGAGACACCUUGACAGCCACUCAAGUGCCUGAAGUAUCCUCUGGAUCUCCCUUUACUACCUACCCGUCAUCAACUCAACCUUUUGUUCUAGCAUCUUUUGGUGUUCCUGCCAUGGACAAGUCGAGGCCAUCCCCAUUUAACUUUGGAACCGUGUCUUCAACCGAAUCCGCCCCCUUCUCCUUCUCAGAUACACAAAAAGCUAUAGACACUACACCUGUCGGGUCAUCUGUGUUCGGUGGUGGUUCCCCAGAACAAGGUGGUCCGGCCAUUUCAUUUGGUUCUUUUGGCACAGGUAACUCUCCUAUUUUUGACUUCGACGCUCCAAGAGAGGGGGAAGGUCAUGUCACCUCGAUUGUGUCCACACACACCCAACUUGUACAGAGUCAGUCUCAGUCUUCGCUUCCAUUUAGUGUAUCAACUGGCAAUUCAGAAAUUCCUGAGCAGAAACUGUUUUGGCAGCAACCAACUGGACCAUUUCAGUUUGGACAAUUGGAGACCAUCCCACCUCUGGGUGGAAGCACAUCUUGGGCCCAAGCAGGUCAACCCCUCUUCAAGCCACCCGCUUCUGAACUUGGUGCAUUAGGUCCGAAUGUUGAAUUUCCUAACAGUGAGUUACUUCGACUUCUUGCCGUUGCAAAGAACCAGCAGGAUUCUUUGGACCAGGAACCACAGCCUAAAGGCUAUGACUUCACUCCAUACCUGACUUCGUCCAGUAUAGUAGCCAAAGAUUACGAUUAUGAGGGUGAUGAUGACGGCAAGGAAGACGACGACAUCGAGGAGGACAACAAAGAUGAUGCGAAACAAGACGAUGAAGAUUCUACGGCAGAUAGUUUUAGUUACACCUCAACAGACCCCGAGUAUAACGAUGAGGAUAUUGAAACUUCCAUGGCAACUGCACCAAAGCCAUCAUCUUCAACAACUAGUCAAGCCCAAAUUAUAACAACCCCAGCAAAGCCUGUUCAAAUCCUUUCCUCGCAAGUAGAGAAGUCGACAGCAGCUUAUCUUUCAACUCAUGUUACUGGAAGACGUAUUUUGACAGCCAAAAGUCCUCUAAAAGGAUCUAAAAAGCAAGAUGAUGACUGUAUUCUUGUUUAUGAAGUCCGUUCCCAAAUGGCAGAUCGUGAAAAGGCCCACCGCCUUUUUCUUCCGCCUAAUUUCUUCAAUUAUACCAAGCACGAAUCUUGCCCUGGGUGCAUUGGUUGUAGUGGUACACCAAAAAGGGCAGCCAAUACCAUUAAACAGGAGGUUACGGACAUAAAGCAAGUCAGUACAUCUGCUACUUCAGCGGUUUUGACAAGCAGCGCGGCGAGUCAUGUAUUUGGACAGUCAGCUAACUUUGGCCAACUGACGUUUUCAUCGUUUAAAGCUCAAGGUGAAACUGCAUUUUCUCAGUCACAAACGAAGACAAGCCAUAAACCGUUUCAAGGAGCAGGCCAGCAGCUUUUCGCUGGACCUGCUGAAGAGGUCGAGGAACAAGAUAGCGAUAAGUUGCAUUUCGAACCAGUUAUUCCUCUGCCUGAAGAAAUCCAAGUUGUCACAGGAGAAGAAGGUCUAGAGAUGAUGUUUUCCGAGAGGGCAAAGCUGUAUCGGUUUGAUGGGGACUCGUCGCAGUGGAAAGAAAGGGGGAUUGGAGAAGUGAAGCUAUUACGUCAUCCAACUUCAGGGCGAGGAAGAGUUCUCAUGAGGCGAGAGCAAAUCAAGAAAUUGUGUGCUAAUCAUAACAUUACUGCUGAAAUGGAGCUCAGACCGAAUGUUGGAUCAGAUCGUUCUUGGGUCUGGUAUACUUCUGCGGAUUAUUCUGAAGGUGAGGGAAAGCCGGAAAAACUAGCCAUCAAGUUUAAGACUGCGGAAACGGCUGGAAAGUUUAAACAGGUGUUUGAUGAACUGAAAGAGCCACUUUCGUCAGGUCAUCCCCCGGAAAAGGCGCCUGCUGAACAUCAAAAGGCGAUGGGUUGCGAACUUUAUAAACAGUUUCUUUCAAAUUUUGCUCCUGCUCCUGGCACAUGGUCUUGUGAGGUGUGCUAUGUUGAAAAUAAGGCAGGGGAUUCGACAUGCGUGGCAUGUAACUCUCUAAAACCAAACGACGGAGAAACUGAACCACCUUCCAAACAAGGAGAAGAAACGGCUACAGCAAAUGUGUCUGUUGUUGAUUCGGUGGAACCAAACACAUUCCAAAACUUGAAUAAAGAAGCCUCGACUUCUUUCUCCUUCCAGCCUCCAGGAGGGAAGAGCCUACAUAUUUCAACGCUUUUCACCAUUGGGCGAGGAGAAUCCAGUGUAGAUAAAGAUACUAGAGACGAUGAGAUUGACCUCUCUCCAAGUAAGACGUCUUCUCCGAGCAAGAAGGGUAUAAUAACACUACAACCCUCAACCCAAGAUUCCCAAGAUACUCUGUUUACAGGUCUUCCGUUUGGCACAGGUGCUCCAUGCGACUUCACAUUUAGGAUGACAGUUUCGCCUGGAUCUCCACCACAAAAGCCCAGAUCUCCAUUGUCACACACUUCUCCAGCGAGUCCUGUUCGUGGGGACGAUGAUGGACCAUAUUUUGAGCCACUCAUACCACUCCCUGAUAAAGUUGAAUGCCGCACAGGGGAGGAGGGCCAGGAGGUACUGUUCUGUGAACGUUGUAAACUGUUUCGAUACGACAGUGGUACGUUUCAGUGGAAAGAACGAGGAGUUGGUGACAUCAAAAUACUUCUUAACGCAAGUUCUAAAAGGUAUCGAAUCCUAAUGAGACGUGAACACGUGUUCAAACUUUGUGCAAAUCAUGUGAUAACUUCAGAAAUGCAACUCAAACCGUUUCCAAACUCUGCGAGAGCUUGGUUGUGGACAACGCUUGCUGACUUCUCAGAGGAAACAACUACAGCGGAAACUCUGGCUGCAAGAUUUAAAUCAAACGAUGUUGCUAAUCAGUUUAAGGAAGUAUUUUACAAAGCUGUCCAGACUCUUUCAUGUAAAAGUGACUCUGUGGCAUCUUUGUCAAAUGCAGAGGAUAAUCCGGACCAAGCAACUGAACAGAAAGCUGAGGAGGACAUUGCAGUAGUGUUCGAGAAAAUAGUUACAGAAGAUCAAAAAGCGAGGGCACAGAAGUUGGAGCUGCCCUGCAACUUCUUUGGAUAUGAGAAGGAGACCAUCUCUUAUCAGGCUGAAGUAUCAGCAAGGUAAGUAGUGGCGAGGCAAUAUUGUCACGUUAAACAGAAGUAACACAUGAACUUUUACUAUCGUUUAUUCGGCAGGUAUGUACGCUAAAUUCUGCAACUGGUGUUUUUCGUUGCUAAGAAAUUGUUAUUACUUAGAAUAGAGGCUCAUUAUUUAGCCUGUGUAUUCUGUUACGUUCAAGGAUAAAGGUUAAAGGUUUGUUUAUAAUGGAAAGUGCACUGCGGAUACUUUCUAGUUUACAGGCACUCCACGCAAGUGAUUAGAAACAAAUCAUCCGAGCAGAACAUAACAGGAUUAAAACCCCAAACUAGCAGGAGGCAAACAGCCGAGGAACCAACCUUUUUAUUUAAUGUUAUUGCUUUAAACGUUUUUAUUGUUCUUUUUUUAAGGUGAGGCGGGGGGAGGGGGGGCGGUGAUGAUGUUGAACAUUUUUAUUCUUGCAAAAUCUGGUGUGUUACUACUUUGAUCACUUUCGCUUCUAGCCAUUCUCGAGGCUAUUGCAACUUGCCUGUGCCUUAGGACUCGCCUUUCGUGUCCACAUAGAAUUUCACCCACCACAAUUUUAUUUUGGAGCAUGUGAUGCCUAAACUAAGGCAACAGAACUUUCUGAAAGGUCGCCUUUAUGACAUCUACAACCUGCAAUUCGUUUCUGCGUUGAUGAGUUGUAAAGUUCAGUUUAGCAUGAUUAAUAAGGAGAAUGGUUUUCUUUUUCAGUGCCGAAGGACAGACGACAGAAAUCCCAGAAGUGACAACAUCGGCACCAAGCAUACCUAGCCAAUCAGGUUUUCUGUUUGGCUCUGCCAGUGUGGCUUCAUUGUCCUUUCAGUCUGUAGCCGCUUCCUCUUUAACUGCCAGCCCAUUUGGCAAGAAGACGCCUGACAAGUCUCUAGGGUUAAAAGGUGCUGGGUCCCAAUUGUCUGCCACCCAUAAAACGGAGGAUGAUAGCGAAGGAGUUGAAGCAGACGGUAAUCACCCUGAUGGACCACAUUUUGAGCCCAUUAUACCUCUUCCAGAUAAGAUUGACGUAAAAACUGGAGAAGAAGACGAGGAGGUUAUGUUUUCACAUCGAGCUAAGUUGUAUCGCUUUGUCGCAGAGGAGAAGCAGUGGAAAGAGCGAGGCAUUGGAGAUAUCAAAUUGUUGAGAAAUGCAAGAUCUGGGAAAAUGCGAGUGCUGAUGCGGCGGGAUCAGGUGUUGAAACUGUGUGCGAAUCAUCAGAUAACCACUGACAUGAGUUUACAACCAAAUGCAGGUUCAGACCGAUCAUGGGUUUGGAGUACAAAUGCAGACUUCUCUGAGGGGGAAUGUAAAGCAGAGCGACUAGCUGUCAGGUUUAAGAACGAAGACAUUGCCAGGAAAUUCAAAGAAAAGUUUGAAGAAUGCCAGGAAAAGCUGAAGACCCCGGAAUCACUGAAACCGCCCCUCCAAAAGGAGACUGUCAAUACAGAGGGCGUGAAAGAAGAUCUUCUUGCGAAGUUUAAAGCUGAAGAAGGAUCAUGGGAGUGUGAUACCUGUAUGGUGAGAAACGGCAGUGAUAAGUUAGUAUGUGCAGCGUGCACAAGCCCGAAACCAGGAAUAAAGGAUAGUCAGGAGAAACAGUCAGAAGGAAAGCCAAUUUUUGGAUCUCGAAUCACAUCGUCUGGGACAGGUUUUACAUUUGGAUCAGGUACAUCAUCUUCUGGUACAGGGUUUUCAUUUGGAUCAGGUGCAACUCUCUAUCCAAAAGGAUUUGUAUUGGGUUCCACUGGAACAAAUGAAGGAGGUGCAAAACCGUUUUUCUCCUUUGGAUCAUCGAACCUGACUGCAAGUUCAAGCUCAGAAACUGCAACCACAUUUGGUUCAAUGACGCAACUAGAAACGACUAUUCAAGAGCAAGCUUCUGGAGACUACAUCGAUGUUUCUCAGACGGAUCAGCAAACGCCUGAUGUAGACAAUAAGCAGCUGGGAAAUGGAGAGAAGAAUAAUGUACUUACUGCUGACACGGGUGCUGGAGAGGGAGAAAAGGUUGAGAUGACAUUAUUUGGAGAAAGGUAAUGCGUAAUGUGCUCAAACGACACGUAAAUGAAUGUAGAGAUUUUCAUUUGAUUUGCCAGACUACCGAGUCAGUCUGAUUGGACGCACGAGCCGAAAAAGCGCUCCGAAGGCAUUAACUCAUAGCACAACCGUCCAGUAUGGUAUACUCAGUAUCUAGCGUGUAGAAUUUUCGAAAUAUUUCACUGUCCUUCCGGUUAAGAAGUGACUGCUUGUUUCCAUGUUAUGUUGUAGAUAGAUGCAUUUCAAGAAGUAAAGUUAUACACCUGUUAGUUUACGAACAAAUUAGUAGUUCAAAGUGUAGGCCAAUAUUUUUAGUGGGUCUAUUAUCAUCCAGCAAUUAUUUAACUGAAUCGUUUGGUCCCUUUGAAUAAAUGAGGUGAUCAUUGUUCUCGUUAAUAAUAUUCUUCUUGGGAGGGCACUAUUAAUGUUUCUUUGUUGUAAUUAUUCUACACACUAACUUUUGCAGUGAGGCUCCCCAGAAAAACAAAAGUGAAGAGUCGAGUGAGGAAAAAGCAUUUCUCUUUGGGUCUCCAAGUAUCUCUGCAAUGUCCUUUCAGUCAGUAGCUGCUGCUUCGAUCGAAAACAGUCCAUUUGGACAGAACGCAAAAACAAAAUCCAAGGGGUUUGCUGGAGCUGGAUCGACGCUUUUUGCUUCUCAGUCUCCUGGAGGGGAGACACACGAAGAGGAAGAACAAGGGGGUGAUCAUGAUGGACCACACUUUGAACCAAUCAUUGCUCUACCAGAGAAAAUUGACGUAAAAACAGGGGAAGAAGACGAGGAGGUCAUGUUUUCUCACCGAUCCAAGUUAUAUCGCUUUGUAGCAGAGGAAAAACAGUGGAAAGAGCGCGGCAUUGGAGAUAUCAAGUUGUUGAGAAAUGUAACAUCGGGAAAAAUGCGAGUGCUGAUGCGGCGGGAUCAGGUGUUGAAACUGUGUGCGAAUCAUCAGAUAACCACUGACAUGAGUUUACAGCCAAAUGCAGGUUCAGAGAGAUCGUGGGUUUGGAGUACACAUGCAGACUUCUCUGAGGGGGAAUGCAAAGCAGAGCGACUAGCUGUCAGGUUUAAGAACGAAGACAUUGCCAAGCAAUUCAAAGAAAAGUUUGAAGAAUGCCAGGAAAUGCUUAAGAACCAGGCAUCAUUGAAGCCGCCACUCCAAAAGGAGACUGUCAAUACCGAGGGCGUGAAAGAAGAUCUUUUUGCGAAGUUUAAAGCUGAAGAAGGAUCAUGGGAGUGUGAUACCUGUAUGGUGAGAAACGGCAGUGAUAAGUUAGUGUGUGCAGCGUGCACAACCCCAAAACCUGGAGCUCAAACAUCACAAAUGCCAGCCAAUGGAGGGACACCUUCUUUUUCGUUUGGGACAGCUGGUGCUCCAUCGAAUUCAGGAUUUUCUUUUGGAUCUCCUGCAUCUAAUGUUGAUGCUGGAAGUGGAUUUGCUUCAGCUUGUAGUCAAGGAUUUUCAUUUGGCUCAGAUUCUUCAUCUUCUGGAACUGGUUUCGUAUUUGGUCAGCAAAAGGCAGAUGAAAAAAGCAGUAAACCGGUUUUCUCCUCUGGCUUAGGCUCCACUGGGCCAUUCAGUUUUGGCUCCACGCAGAAAGAAGAGAAUACUGGAGUAAGGGUUGAUGAUGAAGGCGAAGGUGGUAAUUACUCAGAUGAUCAAGCAUCCAGUGAUGAAGGCAGUAAUUGCGGAGAUGACUCUUCACAGACUUCAGAGAAAGGUGAGGUUACUGUUGGUGGGGAAGGAGGAGAAAAAAGGCAGGAAGGCCUCGGUGUGGGUCUUCUGGGAGGAUGGAAACCCGAAGAGGGAUCCUGGGAGUGUAAUACCUGUUUGGUGAGAAACAAAAGUGAGAAGUUGGAAUGUGUAGCGUGCGCAAGUGCAAAGCCUGGUGUUGACGGAAGCCUUGAGAAAAAGAACGAAGGAAAGCCACUGUUUGGAUUUGGUUCAGGUCCGUCGUUUUCCAGUGCAGGGUUUUCGUUUGGAACAAGUACCUCCUCCUCUGGUGCUGGAUUUUCUUUUGGAUCUGGCCCAACAUCGACCGGCGCAGAGUUUUCAUUUGGAUUUAAUGGACAAAGUGAUGGUGGUGAAUCCCAGAAACAAAGGGCACCUUCAAGCUCGAACAUGCCUAAUGUUACUUUCGCGUCCACGAAUCAUUCACCGCAGUCGUCAAAUACAGAGACAGCGCUUGAUAGUGAAGAGAAGCCUCUAUCUCCUUUGAAACCUGAUGAAACAUCGCUUCAGAGCGAUGGGUUUUUAACAGCGACAGAUGCUGUGGAAAAGCAAGAAACCACUGAUGAAAGCUCGAAACCUGGUGAAAUUUUAGAAGAAGUCAACUCCGAGCAAAAGGCUGCACUCAGCACCGAGGACCAGGCUUCUGAAGAUGUUCAAAGUGAUGGUGAGUCAGAUAACGACAAAUCACUAGUCGAGGAAAAGCGUGGCACUGAUUCACAACCCGAAGUUGGUGCAAAUUCGCCUGCUGAAGAUGUUGAAUUUGACUGUGGUGCGGACAACAGUGAAUCUGUAGUCGACCCGGAAAGUGCUGUUGAAUCAUCAGCUAAGCCCCAAGAAAGUGUCAAUGUUGGCGUGGAUAAGGAAACGGAGAAGGACUGA